GCGCCAAAUUUCAUUGAAAGCCUUUUGCGACUCUCACAAAUUGAAAUGGUUAAGCUGUUGUUGUUGAAACAUUGCUGUUUCGUGGUGAAUUUAGUAUGGGGCUGCUAUAUCAUUUCCGGGAUCAUCUGGCUCGAGUCCCUAACUCUCGCCUGGAUAUCCUUCUUGCAGAUCCAAUACAGUGGCCUCUACGUUCUAGUGACCUUUCUGCAUUUCACGAAGCUCUUCAACUCCAUCAUCUUGUUAUAUGGACUCCUUAAUGAAAAACGUGCACUCGUGGCCAUCUUCCUCAUGACGAUUUGUGUGUGUUUAACAAUUUUUCUUGUCCACUGUGUGAUUUUCGCCACCAUGACCCCCCCGAUUGAGGGCUUGGAGACCGGCCAUUACAUUGCUAUGCCCGUAUACUUUGUUAUAUACGCCUACUUCUUGUGGGUGAUAUACUCGUACUACAUUUAUACCCGGGAUCCACCGCCUCACGUGAGUUCCACAUCCAUUGAGUUUGCUGAAGUGGUUGAUGCUCGAUAAUCGCUAAGGUGAUAAUGAUACGAAUAAAGUGCGUCUGUCUUCCCAUA